AUGUCUCUAAAUAUACGCAAAGCUGGAAAUUUAUCUAAUCUUUGGGAUUUUGAUGAUGAAGAUGAAGGAGGUGAAAUCGACUCAAAAGAUUCAGAAGCUUCAUGGAAUUCUAUUCCGAAAGAAGAGUUUGAAAAAAUAAAAGCUAAAACUCGACAAGGUUGUCUUUGUGAUAAAUGUGACCGAGAAAAACUACUUCGGCAUGCUGCUAUUUUUGCCGGAACACGCAUAAUUAAUGAAAAAAUUGUGGAUCAUUUUCAUACCACGUGGCGACAUCCAAUGCAUAUGGGUAUACCUAACGUUGAAUGUGUAUCUUUUAUGAAGAGUGAUAAAAAAGUAUGUCAAAGAUUUGAUGAAUACAUGUCAGAAUUAUUAUUGAUUCUCGAUGACCCAAAUAUUAAACCAUUGUGGCACGGAACAACCGUUAAAUGUAAAUCUCUUGAAAAACCGUGUGAUCCUAAUUCAACAGAAAGUUGUGCUGGUUGUAAUAUAUUAAGUAAAGGAUUUGAUAUAACGAGAAGUGGAUCAUCCACUCCUUUCAAAAGAUAUGGAUCUGGUAUUUAUUUUGCUCCAAAUUCUUCAAAGGCUCACAGUUAUGCUACUCCUAGAGGAGGAGCAGGAGAUUUGUAUACAAUUUUGCUUUGUUUUGUAGCUUUAGGGAGAUGCCAUACAACAAUUGAUGACAUGCCAUAUUUAAAUGAACCACCAUAUCCAUGUCAUUCCGUACAUGGAAGUGUAGGACACAGAUUAAAUUAUGAGGAAUACGUUAUUUAUAGACCUGAUGCAGUUGUUCCAUUUGCAUCUAUUACUUAUAGAAUGAAAAUUUGGUAA